AUGGGUGUAUUCGGAUGCAUCACGCUAUUGCUGGUGCUAACCUGUGCUGCAACGUCCACCAGCUCCGAGACUCCAGCGUGUAAGACUGUAGCAACAGCGAUCCCUACUGAGCCUGAAGUGGUACCAGUGAUCCCGUCGAACGCGUCCAACAGCGGAUCAAGCGACUCCAACCUUCGCACCGUGAACAUUGGUAUGGGCUGCCCGGAGUUCCAGAUCGCCUUCGACAGCGCAACGCCCGGCAACUCGUUACCAUUCAAGUCGUUCACCCUGACGAAGGGGACCGGAUACGCGUACGUGGAGCUCCACUUCAGCAAGCUCUGGGUCCCGCGCGGGACUUCCGUGGUACUGCGCGCAGUGGAAGGCUUCGACGUAGCGGAUACCAAGCUCAACCUGUCCACAACCUACCCGAGCGGCCGAGUCUACAGCGACGUUGUUGCGCCUCCGGUGCUCUCGAAGGAGUUUCGACUUGAAUUCUACCGCAACGAAGCAAGUCGCAACACUACGGACGUAGACCUGACUACCGACGACUUCAACGUGACGGACAGCAAGUCCAAGUGCUUCGGCUUCGUGGUCGCCUCGUACUACUACGUUCUAGUAGACGACAGCAACCCCCUCGUCGCUACCGUCGAGUCCGUUUGUGCUGCGGACAACACGAACGAAGCCGUGUGCUACUACGAUGACAGCACGACCCGUACGGCCUACUUGGCUGCUCGCUCGGUGGCUCGGCUGUUCAUCAGAAAAGGCCGCAACAUGUUCGCGAGCUGCACGGGCUGGCUGCUGGGCAACCAGGGGCACCUCAUGACCAACUACCACUGCGUUGCUACACAGGCAGAGGCCAGCACGACCACGGUGGAGCUCAUGCUGGAAGCUGGCAAAUGCAACGGCAGCGCGUCGUGCACGUGGAAGGAGUGCAAAGGGAGCAUGGUCGCAGUUACGACCAAGCUCGUGCACGCAAAUGAGGCGCUCGACUACGCGUUGCUGAAGCUGCCGUCGAACGGAGCGCAGGUCGCUCAGACCUAUGGAUAUUUGAGGUUGAAGACUCGCGCUGGUGUUGUGGGCGAACAACUCUACAUCCCCCAACAUCCUCUGGGCAAUAGGAAGCGCAUUGCGCUCGUAGACGACUACACCAGCAACGUGGCGUUGCUGAGUCUGAGCGCGACUUCAUGCGGGACAACCGGGUACUCGUACAGUGGAGAUACUCAAAGCGGGUCCUCCGGUUCUCCCGUUCUGUCCUAUUCAGACCACGGCGUCGUGGCACUUCACCACUGCGGCGACAUGUGUGGCAACACUGGCAUCCCAGCCAAGAGCAUCGUCGCCGACUUGAAGGCGCACGGCAUUGACGUAGCUGCAUUCGAUGGUGUUGACGAUGGAUUGAGUCCCUCGUCGAACUUCGAGCGGUUCCCAGCGUACACUCCACCUGUGCCCGCAGUCGUGUUGCCUCUGACGUCACGCCUAAAGCUGGACGGAGCUAUCUCCCUCGCCGCUGGGUUUGUCAGCAUUGAAAAGGUGGAGUUCACUUUGAGCAAAGAUACCGACAUCAUGUUUGACGUGUUUUCCGUCGAGAUGGCGGACAACGACACGUUCGUUGACCUGAACGGCGACUGCAGAGCUACGUACCUGGACUCAAUGAUCUAUCUCUUCCCAGUGGGGGAUCCUACUCCCGUCUUCUCUGCUGACGACGGCUGUGUGGAUGGCACGCUCAAAGACGGCUCCGUCAGCUUCCGUGAUCCGUCCAAGCGCACGUUCCUCAAAAAAGGCUCCUACAUUCUCGCAAUAGCCCCCACGGGUUCGAGUGAAGAAGAUGCACUCGCAGGCGAGACCAAAGCGGACUACGCUCCAGAGCUCUACACUUGCAGAGCCCGCGGCUCAUACGGCUCCUACCGACUGGAGAUCUCAAGCACUGUCGGCGACAACCCCUUCACUUUCACAAAGCUCCCACGAGCCAUUGUGAUCAACCCCAAGUCAUGCAAGAAACCCACAGGACUCAUUUGCUCCAUCUAG